AUGUCGCCUGUCCUGGGACGGAACUCGUAUAUUGACGAUAUCGCACAUGGCGCGCCAAGUUGGGACGCAUUCUGUGCUGGCUUGGAUGCAUUGGUGUAUAGACUGUGGUAUUGGAAAAUCUCAUCAAAUGAGAUUAGUGCUGAGAGUAUCAGGGCAAUGCCGAAGAUCGCCAAGGACGUUCAGGAUCUACCGUUUUCAACAACGAUGAAUGGAGUACAAUCCUUUUUGGAUUGUCUGAACUACUACCAAAAAUUUAUUGAGGACUACCCAGUAAUCGCAGCGUCCCUGAAUGAACUCACGAAUGGCCAAUUGCGUUCUGGGCGGGAUUUCUUCAGGGCAGAACAAGCGUUUGAAAUCCUGGUCGUGUUAACCCCGGUAUUGAGACAUCCUGAAAAGACCAAACCAUAUCACAUCACGGAAAAGGAAAUAAUCCUCGUGUUAAGAGUGUUGCCGGUGUUCAAAACACUCAUUUUGGGUUACUCCUUCAUCGCUAAUACUAGUCACUCAGUAUUGAAGUGUAUCAUGAGGUCCAAGACUGCAGAUGGGAGGAAAAUCCAACGAGACGAGGACGGACUAGCCGCAAUCCUGGGUGCCGGCAUCACCUCUCGAAAGCAUUUGGAUGAGUUCGCCGAGGAACUCAUCCCUGCCAAAGGCGCGCGAAACCACCCCCGACAUCCACUCGGUAGCUGUGAAUGUAUUCUGUGGGAACUCCCUGGAUGGAAAAUACUGGAUGCGCAGGGUUUCGACCUGGAGGACGUCACUGUGAAUGACGUCGAAUACUGUGGGGUCUUGAAUGAUCUAACUAUGGCGCAGGUCAGGGACGUUCCAGACCUGAUCGCAGAUGGUGAUUCACAAAUUGUCACCAGCAAGUAA